CCAGGGAACAAAGUUAUGGAUCAUCAUGGAGUACCUUGGGGGAGGAUCCGCCUUGGAUCUUCUGAAAGCCGGUCAAAUAGAUGAGAUCUAUAUAGCCACAAUUCUACGUGAAGUCAUCAAGGGAUUAGAUUAUCUUCAUUGUGAAAGGAAAAUUCAUAGAGAUAUUAAAGCUGCAAAUGUGUUACUGUCAGAGAACGGGGACGUCAAACUUGCUGACUUUGGCGUGGCCGGUCAACUCACGGAGACGCAGAUCAAGAGGAAUACGUUCGUUGGUACGCCAUUCUGGAUGGCACCAGAAGUCAUCAAACAAUCAGCAUAUGACUCAAAGGCUGACAUGUGGUCCUUAGGCAUCACGGCUAUCGAGCUGGCGAAAGGGGAACCCCCUAACUCAGACCUCCACCCCAUGAGGGUUCUCUUCCUCAUCCCAAAGAACAACCCACCCAAACUAGAAGGCAGCUACAGUAAGAACUUCAAAGACUUUGUAGAAGUCUGCUUAAACAAAGACCCACGGCACCGGCCUACAGCCAAGGAGCUCUUAAAACACCGUUUCAUCAAGCAGGCAAAGAGAACAUCCUACCUCACAGAGCUAAUUGAACGAUACAAGAGAUGGAAAGCAGAAGGGAACGACUCGCCGGACUCGGACCCAGAAGAUAAUGAUUUCCCCAAUGACACCCUGCAAAAUAGUGUGCCUCCUUUCGAAUACGACACCAUUAGGGGAUCACCGUUCAUUCCGGAGCCGUCGAUAGACUCUCGUCCGGAACCUGUAGAGUCCAUCCCAAGAAGACAACCCAAAUCAGAGUGCAUUCAAUCCCUCCUCGUUCCUAUACUCAGAGGCCUCAAGCAAAAGAAUGACGGUCUAUCUGGUGCCAUCGACGAGCUACAGAACAGUUUUGAUAUGGCAGAAGAAUCAAGUCCUGGGAUCUGUGAUAGAUUAGUUGGUCAGAUAGUCUCAAGAGUAGAAAGUCCACCCAGGCCAUCAGUAUCAAGAUCUGGUCAACAUUAAUCUUUCCUCACAUCAACAUCAACAUCAUCAUCUAACUUUCUGAGUCAUCAGUGUCCGUGUCAUUGGUGUCAUCGGACCUGUACAUCCAUGAGUAAGCCAUGGCACGGAUUCUUCUACGAACAAUCUUUGGUUGAAUGUUGUAGAAGUGGUUUCAUUGGUAAUAACACUGAGGUGACUACUGUGAUCAAGUCAAGACAUGGAUUCUGCUAUGAAAAACCAUCAGCAGACGUUGCAGAAGUGAUGUCAAUGGCAGUAAACUCGAUGUAGAAUACCAUAACCAAGACAUUCUUCUACGAACAAUCAUCAGCUGAUGUAGAAGAUAUGUCAGCGGUAGUUCUACAAAGAAAAUCAUCAGAAAGUGUAGAACUGGUGUCAGUGGCAGUUCCUUGAAGACCUAUCAUCAGCGUUUGAAGAAACCAGUCGGUUCUAUCAUCCUGCAGCCAAGACAUUGAUUCUACAAGCAAUCACAAAAAUGUCAAAGAAGUGCCUUGGUAGCAAGAUGCAGGAGACUUCUCUGCUUCAGUCAUGUCGUCAUAUGAAGGUUACAGGUGUAUGAUGGGAAUCUUUGAAUGAUCAGAGAUAGUGAUGUCAUCGAUGAUGGCAGCAGAGUAUGGCAUCUUGAGGCUUCUUCUUUGCUGCAGUUAUCGCAUCAAACAGCUCAUGGAUUGUGCCGUGUGGGGAAGGAAAGCUUUUUGAGGAAUACCGUUGAAUACUAUACAAGAUGGAUUGUGAUGUCAUUGAUGAUGUCACCAGAGAAGUGCUAAUUUUCUGAAAGAGCACACAAAUGACAUGCUGUGAACUAAGACAUGUAACAUGUGCUUUGAAAUGUCUCAACAGCUAAUUCUGUCUGGUUCUGGAAAGAAAUUAGUGUCUUCUUUGAUGACAGUUUGUUCCUGAAAGACAUCAAUGUGUGCCCUCCGCUUUCGUAGAAUAAUUGUAGCCAUGGUAGACAACUUUGUCAGGAAUCGUCAGCUUGAAUGAAAACGUGGUGUCUUGUUUAAAGCAAGCUUAGCUGGAAAGGAUUAAUGUGUCACCUCAUAGGAUACUUUCAGACACAGAGAAAAAAAAAUAUUAGGAGCCAAAAAAUGAUUGCUGUGUCUGUUUGCUUUGGUAGCAUAUUGACAGCCACAAUAAUUGACGUGUGUGGUUCUAAUGCCUUAUCGCAACUCUACUGCCGCAUAUUGUAACAUGCGGGAUUGCUACAACAUGGAGUCACAGCUGAUAGUCUCCGAAGAUUGCAACGCUUCUUGUUCUUCUCAACUUACAACUGCAGAUCGGCUUAAAUGCUUUGUUACUGGUAGUGUCGCUACAUUUGACAAUUGUAGGCGUAACUCGAUUGAGUUAUAGAGUCAUAACGACAAUAAGACAAAGCCUUCUGCGACUUUGUGCAUGUUCGAGAAAGGAAUGGUUGUCUCGCAACAAUUUCAUUUAAGAAGAUGAGGGUUCCUUAUCUUAAUUUUCAGGUAGAAUGCUAUGAGAUCAUAUUAUCUAAUAACUAGGUUAUUGCCUAAAUGUAGCUUUGUCAUGAUACUAUGUAAUAUGACAAGUUGUUACUUUAUUACUGAAUCAUUUAACUCUUUUGUUCUCUUCUUUCUCUCAAUCGUAAUGGAAAUUGCGCCCAGCAGGACAGAUGAGGGGGAGGGGGCCACUAGUCUGCUGUGCAAACCCUUCACUCAAGUUAAGGGUCUGAAUGUGCAGCCUAUAAUGCCUUGUGUACUGAAGGCCAUCUCGCUCCAGCAAGUUUCAAAUGUGAUAGUCUUUGUGUGGAGACCCGCUUGUUGAUCAAAGUUUCAAUUAAGGUCUGUGCCUGCAGACUAGGGAUCCACAGUGUAUUGAUACAUUACUUGCACUUAAUAUGGAGCUAAAGAAUUGCCAGUGUACUGAGUAAUACACUUCAUAAGCCUUCCAUUUCACAUGCAGAUAUUUCCACAUAUUUUAGAUUAAGGCUUCCAGGGCAAGGUUUAGGGGGGUGUUUCACAAAGACUUAAGAGUGACUCAAUAUCUCACCUAAAUUCCUAGUUAUCAUGCAUCUCUGCAUUGGUCAAAUCAUGUUCUGAGGAUGUGCACUGCGUGUAUACAUCUUUGAGGUUAUGCUGAAGUACUAAAACUGGGGUAAUAAUAUCCAAGUCCUUUGGAGGGGCAUAAAGAUGUUAUUUCAUAAUGUUACAUGCACUAUAACAGUAAUCAUGGGUUUGUUGGCACUUACACACAAUAUGAAGUCACACUUGAUUUUUCGUGAAACAGACCCCUGUCCCUUAACCUUCUGUUUUGUCAUAACCGAGUUGGAGUGCUCUCUCAAUGUUUCAUGAUUUCCUCCUUUUACGUGUGUUGCGUAGAAGAAAAACUUGUUAUGGUUUAUUUAUUCAUUCUUUCAAACAAUUUGAUAUUGUAAACCUGAAUCUCAUAUCAUAUUCACUUUAUAAUAUUAACGGAGCUUUUCGCAUACAGUAUCAAUUUCUCAGUUGCAAUAAGUUAUUUGCCCCACAGAGGUUUGUGACCCAUUAUGAAGUUGUUUUAUUCUUCCUUUUCCAAUCUUAAAGAGUGAUCUGGAGUAGCCUUAACACAUAUGACAUAUAAACAUAAGUGCUAUUAAUAUUCAUAUUAUUGAUAUUAUUCCUGAAUUUAAUUGGGCCCUUGUUUGUCAGAUUGGUCCCCCUUUAAAUUUUCACAAUCUUUAAUGCCGAUUCUGAACCAAUUUUGAUUUAACAAUCGACACAUGUGUUUUGAAAUAAGGAACUAACAUCAAUACACAUUGAUGUGGUCAUUUUCAUUAGAGUUGACAAAAUCAGUGAAAUAUCCAAAGCCAAUUUUUCCUUGAUUUGAACUUAAACUUUAAAGUUCAAGUAAUUAGGCAAUCAUCAGUUGUGUGUGAUAUGAUAAAUUAUCCAGUUUAGUGAUCAUUACAUAACAAUACCUAACAAACUGUCUGCGAUAGGAUAUCAAUAUUAUAAUAUAGUAUUUGUCAUACUAUGGGUUCCAAAUAAGAAACCCUUGCACAAGGUAUCAAUCAGGGGAUCACAGCUAGGGAUUUUUGUUGUUUUCAAUUGGUUUCCUUGGUAAUAACUUACUUUGACGUUAUUUGGUACUCUAUGAAAUAAUUUAAAUUAACAAUCAAAUUGUCCAUAUAUGUAUAUAUUACAUUCUCUUUGGGAUUGUUGCUAUUAUGAGAUAAGAAUAUUUUUCUUUUUUUUAAAAUAAUUUUUCUACUGUCAAAGAUAUAUAAUCUCUUAAACAAUUCACUACUUCUUAAUAAAAAAAAAUUGAUGUCAAUUUAUCCAUAACUUUUUGAAAUUUGAUUAUGUCGUGUAGGAAUGUUGUGGUGUAGUGGUUCUCACUCUCGCCUUUAAAUCAGUGGGUUGUGGGUUCGAAUCCCAAGUUCCCAACAAUGGCAUUAUGUCCUUCAGCAAGAAAUUUUCAACAUUCUACUGUGCUCAACCCAUGUGAGAAAAAUUGGGAUCUUGGUCCCGUAACACAAAGGUUAGCGAUUGAUCAUACGCUUGAUUUUCAUUAUUAAUUGUACAUUGUGGUCAAUGCCAUCAAUCAUAAAGAUAUUCUUCCACAUUGAUUGCUAAGCUUUGUGUUACGGGCCACUGGAAGGAAUUUAUUCAUUGAAAUGCAGUGUGUAUAUCAGCUACUUGGCUAAAGCAAGGGCAAUUAUGCUGUAUCCUUGCGGAGUGCUUAGAGACUUCCAAUAAAGAAAGUUAUAAGCUCUAUAACAAGGCUCCCCAAUAACUUGUUUUCUUUGUGGGCCAAUCAGUCCACCAAAAUCAUCAGUUUCAUAUUUUUGGUGGCCCGCAAAGCAAAUUUGGUGGCCCUAAAACAAUAGAAAAUAUUACAAUUUAUUAAAAUCUUUGGUAGCCCAUUCGGGCCACCAAGGGUGGUCUUUUACAGAAUUUUGGUGGCCCUACUCUCAUUUUUGGUUGCCCCGGGCCACUGCUAAUUUCGAGCCCUGUCUAUAAGCACUUAUGCUAAUAAUCUUUCUGCAGUAGGCUACAUGACCACUUCAUAUCAAAUUGAUUACAAUAAAAUUUAUAAAUUCAGUAAUUCCAGGAGCAUAAGAGAGCAAAAAUGUCAUCAAAAUUUGAUUGACAGCAAGAAAGGUACAGCAGUUUACAAAAGUUUUUUUCAUUUUUUAUCAUGCUUGAAUUAAAAGUAGAUUAAGAUAAAAGAAAUGGGUAUCAAAAUUGAUAAUAUUUAUUUAUCUUGAGUGGAUUAGAUAUUUAUUUUCUCGUGAGAGAAGUAGUGAAUUGUUAAAGCCUUCAACUGAAUGUACUUUGCAUGAAGCUGUAUGCAGCGGAUUUGAGUAACCAAAUAUGAAGCAGCAUUAUUUUUACCUUUGGGACUAGAAUUUAUACAUAUAUAUGUUUUAUUUUAUUGAUUUUUUUUCUGUAAUACGCAGUAGGCCCCUUGCAGGCCUGAAUAUGUAAGAUUGUGUGUUUAUGUUUAUUCUUUGAAUAAUUUUGUCUAUUUUCUUGUUUUGGAAUUUGGUUUGUAUUCUUUUCUUUGCACAAAAUUAUUCAGAGUGCUGCAUUAGUACCAUCUUUCAUAAAACUUCUAAUCAACGACAACUUACAAGCUAAUGUAAGCUUCUAAAUUGCUGCAAUUUGAUUGGUCGAGACUGAAUUUGUUGCAAAAUACAUGUUUGAUGAGAAGUUUUAUGAGAAAUAUGUCUUGGUCCAGUUUUGAAUUUAGUGUUAUUCUGUAAUGAUAUUUUACGGAGUGUUCCAAAUGGUCUCGAUAAAAGGUAUCUUUGUUUUUCAUUUCUGUGUGCAAGAAAUAUCUCCUUCCAUUAGUAAUACUAGUAAUUUCAAAUGUUCAACUUCUAUU